AUGUCAUAUAUACAGUUAGUAGAUGUUCUUCUUGCUUUAAUCCGCGCUUCUCGAGAUGGCAACUGGCACCUUCACCUCCACGCUGUUCGUGAGAUGAUACCUUGGUGCUUUGCUUACGACAAGGUAAAUUAUGCCAGGUAUCUGCCAGCCUAUUAUGCUCAGAUGAUAAGUCUGGAGAAAGAGCAUCCUGAUGUUUAUCAACAGUUUAUGGAUGGCCACUUUACUGUGCAGCUAGGGGAUGAAAGGUCAUUUAGCCGUAUUCCUGUCGAUCAAACAACUGAAGUAACUGUAAACAAGGACAUAAAGACACCAGGAGGCGCGAGCAAAUGCAGUUUAAAGAUAAGCGCCAUAAACAGAUAUUACCUGACGGCAGAAUACAGGUGUUCUUUUCUCGGACAGCUAAGGGACUUUGUCCAAGUAAAGAGGUCUUCUGCUCACCAUGACGACCUGCAUGAGCCAAGAAUUGAGAAGGAUGAAAAGUCAGUAGCGUCCGUUCAAAGCCUAAUAGAAAGCUGCGAAAACCCAUUCGAUCAAAGUCACGAACUGUCAAGCAUAUCAACUGCUCAAAAAGUGCCUUUGAAUGUUGCCAAUGAUUUGGUGCGAGCUCGGCAAGUUGGAGAGACGGCAUACCAACAGUUUAAGACAGAAAUGAUUGAAAGUUAA